AUGUUGUCUCUAGUGUCUAUUGUCUUGACAUUUCUUGCUCUUAUUCUCAUCCCUUGUCUCUUCAUCUCUAGGCGUCUAAGUGUUCCUCUCUCUUUUACAAAUAUCCGCAGAUUCAUCAAAACUGCGACUUCUCGAUCCGAGGAUGAAGAAAUGAGGACCGAGAGUGAAUCAAUUGGAGAGAAAGAGAAAGAAGAAAGAAUGCCAAAGCACGUGGCGAUUAUAUUGGAUGGGAACAGACGUUGGGCUAAGAAACGAGGACUCGAGACAGCACAAGGUCAUGAAGCUGGAGCGAGAAGAGUCAUGGAGCUUGCUAAGCAAUAUUUCUCUGUGGGGAUAAACACUGUCUCACUCUUUGCUUUCUCCACUGAAAAUUGGGCAAGACCCGAGGAUGAAGUUAACAAGUUAAUGGCCAUGUUUGAGAAACUCUUAAAGUCGGAGGUACCUUGCUUACAAAGAUAUAAAGUCAAGAUCUCGGUUAUCGGCGACCGGUCUAAUAUCUCCGAGUCGCUUCUAAGUGCAAUAAGAGAGGCAGAAGAAGCUACAAAGAGCUAUGAAGAGAAGCACCUCAUUAUUGCGGUAAACUAUAGUGGAAGGUUUGAUAUCUUGCAAGCGUGCAAAAGUCUUGCUGAGAAGGCGAAAAACGGGCUGAUCCAAGUGGAGGACAUCGACGAGAAUCUCAUGGAGAAAGAGUUGAUGACAAAGUGUAGUGAGUUCCCAAAUCCUGACGUAAUGAUCAGAACGAGUGGAGAGCAACGGAUCAGUAACUUCUUCUUGUGGCAAUCAGCUUACACUGAGCUCUACUUUAGUGAUGUUCUAUGGCCUGACUUUGGUGAGACCGAGUAUCUUGAGGCAUUGACUUGGUAUAAGCAGAGGAAUAGACGAUUCGGUCGCAGAGUUUAA